CUGAACGCGUUUCUUCUUCACUUGGUUUUCCGAUUUCGAAAUUUCUAAAACCCUCUCUCUCUCUCUCGUCUUCGAGCUUCCCCAUUUCCCAGAUCCGAUCUUGAGAGCUGGAGUUCUGGCCCCCUCACAGCCAUGGCGAGGGUCUACGAGAGAUGGGAGCGGCUCGUGCGGGCGGCGCUAGAUCGAGAGCGGCUUCGAGUUGCCGCCGGAGCGACGCAUGGAAUCGGAGGUAGCGAAGCAGCCGGACUCGCCGGCGCUGUUCCGCCAUCGCUUGGGAAAACCACCAACAUCGACAGAAUCCUCCACGCUGCGGACGAGAUCGAGAAUGAGGAUCCCAAUGUCGCAAGGAUUCUAUGUGAGCAUGCAUAUAGUAGGGCACAGAAUUUGGACCCUAGCAGUGAGGGUAGAGGUGUGCUGCAAUUCAAGACUGGGUUGGCUUCUUUAAUUAAGCAAAAGCUUGCUAGGAAAGAUGGAUCUGCUUUUGAUCGUCAGAAUGAUAUUGAACGCCUUUGGAAAUUUUAUCUGGGAUACAAGAACCGGUAUCAGAUUGAUGAUAUUCAAAAGGAGCGACAAAAAUUAAGAGAAUCUGGAACGUUCAGCACUAACUUUGCAGAGAUGGAAGCAAGAGCUGUGGAAAUGAGAAAGGUUUAUGCCAUCCUUAGGACCUUAGUUGAUGUUCUGGAGGCCCUUGUUGGAGAUUCAGCUGCUGAUGGAAUUGGUAGAUUGAUAAUGGAGGAGGUGAAAAAGAUGAAAAAAUCUGAUGCAACACUAGGGGGAGAACUCACACCAUACAACAUUGUACCACUUGAUGCGCCAUCUUUUGGCAAUGCUAUUGGGUUUUUCCCUGAAGUCAAAGCUGCAAUAUCUUCAAUUGGUUACACAUCUGAGUUUCCACGCCCUCCUGUGGACUUUGAAGUUCCACAAUUUAGAAAGUUUGAUAUGUUUGAUCUGUUGGAGUAUGUUUUUGGUUUCCAGAAAGAUAAUGUUCGAAAUCAACGUGAAAAUGUCGUUCUUGCUAUAGCAAAUGCUCAGUCUCGUCUUGGUUUGCCCAUUGAAGCAGAACCUAAAAUUGAUGAAAAAACAAUUUCUGAACUUUUCAAGAAAGUGUUGGGCAACUACAUUAAAUGGUGCAAAUACUUGGGGGUUCGAGUUGCAUGGAAUAGCCUUGAAGCAAUAAAUAGGAACAGGAAAGUUAUAUUAAUAUCAUUAUAUUUUCUGAUCUGGGGUGAAGCAGCCAAUGUUCGUUUUCUGCCUGAAUGCAUAUGCUAUAUAUUCCAUCAUAUGGCAAAGGAACUGGAUGCAAUCCUAGACCAACCUGAACCUGCCCAUGCUGGCAGCUGCACUGGGGGUGAUGGAACUGUGUCCUUUCUGGCUGAAAUUGUCACUCCAAUUUAUGAAACGAUGGCAGCGGAAGUUCCUGUAAACAAUAAUGCUGCACACUCUUCAUGGAGGAACUAUGAUGACUUCAAUGAAUACUUCUGGUCUUCUUCUUGCUUUAAGAUGGGCUGGCCGAUAAGAAAGGAUUCAUCGUUUCUAUCGAAGCCUAGAAAGUGGCAUCGGACAGGGAAAUGUGACUUUGUCGAGCACAGGACCUUUCUUCAUUUGUAUCGGAGUUUUCACCGCUUGUGGAUUUUCUUGAUCCUAAUGUUUCAGGGGCUGACAAUCAUAGCAUUUCGCAAAGGAACCAUUGACCUGAACACCUUUAAAACAGUGCUCAGUGUUGGGCCUGUUUUUUUUAUCAUGAACUUCUUGGAGAGUACUUUGGAUAUUAUUCUCAUGUUUGGUGCUUAUAAGACUGCUAGAGGCUUUGCUAUCUCAAGGUUGAUCAUUAGGUUUCUCUGGUUUGGCAUUAUUUCAGCAUCUACGAUGUACCUCUAUUUGAAGUUAAUGGAGGAAAGAAACAAGAGGAAUUCAGACUCAACCUAUUUUCGGAUAUAUGUCCUUGUGUUGGGUGUUUAUGUGGCUAUCCGCACAUUGUUUGCCCUAUUAGUUAAAAUCCCUGCAUGUCAUAGGGUUUCUGAUGCGUCUGAUCGGUGGUCUUUCUUUCAGUUCUUCAAGUGGAUAUACCAGGAGCGCUAUUUUGUUGGACGAGGUCUUUAUGAAAAGACAAGUGACUAUGCCAGAUAUGUUCUUUUCUGGUUGGUGAUAUUUGCGUGUAAAUUUACAUUUGCUUAUUUUCUCCAGAUCAAACCUUUGGUUAGCCCAACUAACAUUAUUAUUGAUCUUCGAGAGUUGCAAUAUUCAUGGCAUAACCUUGUGUCAAGGGGCAAUAUAAAUGCAUUGACCAUUCUUAGUCUUUGGGCACCUUUUGUUGCGGUGAAUUUAUCUGAUGUACAUAAAUAUAUAUGGUAUGCACUCUUAUAUGCUCUAAUUGGUGGCCUAAUUGGUGCAUGUGCUCGUCUAGGGGAAAUACGUUCACUUGAUAUUGUUCAAAAGUGUUUUGAAACUUUUCUGGAAGCUUUUGUGAAAAAUCUUAUAUCACCUCAAGCAAAGAGCAUUCCUCGAGAGAGACAGCAGGCUCAGGAACCAUCUGGGAUGAACAAGGCUGAUGCUGCUUUCUUCUCCCCAUUUUGGAAUGAAAUUAUUAAAAGCCUUCGUGAAGAGGAUUACAUUAAUAACAGGGAAAUGAGCUUGCUUUCUAUCCCAAGCAAUUGUGGAAGUUUGAAAAUAGUGCAAUGGCCAUUGCUUCUUCUGUGCAGUAAGAUUUUUCUGGCAAUUAACUUGGCUUUGGACUGUAAAGAUACACAAGCUGACCUUUGGAACAGAAUAUCUAGAGAUGAGUACAUGGUUUAUGCUGUGCAGGAGUGUUACUACAGUGUAGAAAGGAUUCUGCAUUCUGUGGUUAAUGAUGAAGGGAGGCUUUGGGUUCAGAGGCUCUUCCGAGAAAUCAACAACAGUAUCUAUGAGGGAUCACUUGCAGUAACUAUUUCAUACACGAAUCUGCAGCCUGUGUUGAAAAGUUUAGUUAGUUUGACUGGACUUCUUAUGCAAAAUGAGGCAUCUCAUCUUGCCAGUGGUGUUACAAAAUCUCUAUAUCAGCUAUAUGAUGUUGUUACCCAUGAUUUGCUGACAUCUUCUUUGAGGGAUCAAUUUGAUACAUGGAGCAUAUUGGCAAGAGCAAGAAAUGAAGGACGGCUAUUUUCUAGAAUUGAAUGGCCCAAUGAGCCAGAACUUAAGGAGCAAGUGAAGCGUUUACAUCUACUUUUAACAGCCCAAGAUUCUGCUGCUAAUAUACCAAAAAACUUGGAAGCAAGAAGGAGAUUGCAGUUCUUUACAAACUCUUUGUUUAUGGACAUGCCUUCAGCAAAGCCUGUUUCUGAAAUGAUCCCUUUUAGUGUGUUUACACCCUAUUAUAGCGAGAUUGUACUCUAUAGUUCCUCAGAUCUCCGAGCUGAAAAUGAGGAUGGCAUUUCAACCCUUUUCUAUCUCCAGAAAAUUUUCCCUGAUGAGUGGGAAAAUUUUCUAGAGCGAAUUGGUCGUCCAGAAUCUUCUGCAGACGCUCUCCAGGAUAGCUCGGGUUACAAUCUAGAACUAAGGUUUUGGGCAUCCUAUCGUGGCCAAACACUAGCUAGAACAGUGCGUGGUAUGAUGUACUACAGAAGAGCUCUAAUGCUACAAAGCUAUCUGGAAAAGAGAUCUACUGCAGGGAUUGAAGAUGGCUAUGCUGGAGCUGAUUAUAUUAAUACACAAGGAUUUGAAUCCUCUUCGGAAUCACGGGCCCAAGCAGAUAUCAAGUUCACUUAUGUUGUUUCAUGCCAGAUUUAUGGACAACAGAAGCAGAAAAAGGAUAAGGAGGCUGCUGAUAUUGCUCUUCUAAUGCAAAGAAAUGAAGCACUUCGAGUUGCUUUCAUACAUACGGAGGAAAAUGUAGAUGCUGAGGGAAAAGUUUCAAAGGAAUUCUAUUCAAAACUUGUCAAAGCUGAUGUGCAUGGGAAGGAUCAGGAAAUAUAUUCGAUCAAGCUUCCUGGAAAUCCAAAACUUGGAGAAGGAAAGCCUGAAAAUCAAAACCAUGCUAUAAUUUUCACGCGAGGGGAUGCUAUCCAAACUAUUGAUAUGAAUCAGGACAACUAUCUCGAGGAGGCUUUAAAGAUGAGAAAUCUCCUUGAGGAAUUCUAUGGAAAUUAUGGUCUUAGGCAUCCUACAAUUCUUGGUGUUAGAGAACAUGUAUUUACUGGAAGUGUCUCUUCAUUAGCCUGGUUUAUGUCAAAUCAAGAAACUAGUUUUGUAACGCUUGCGCAACGAGUCUUAGCAUAUCCUCUCAAAGUUCGCAUGCACUAUGGGCAUCCUGAUGUCUUUGACAGGAUAUUUCACAUAACCAGAGGCGGUAUAAGCAAAGCCUCUCGUGUAAUUAAUAUCAGUGAAGACAUAUAUGCAGGUAUGCACUAG